AUUAUUAUUAUAUUUUUCUUGCAAAUUUUUUUUUCUUAUUUUGAAAAUAUCAAUUUGGGUUUUAAUUAUCAAUUUUUUUUUUUAUUUUCUCAUUCUACUCACUUCAAAAUCGUCAUUAAGUUGCCAUCAAACGAUUACAUUAUUCUUGACAGUUAACUUUCACUAAAUACACACAUUGACAUGUAUAUAUUAUAAUUAGUACACGUUUUUGUAUUCGUACAUGCGCAACAUAUAUUUCGUUGAUACAUAAAUUCUUCUUUUUUCCGUGAACAGUACCAGAUACGAAGAAAUGGACCGAAGACCGUCAUCUUACAGAUCGCGUCCAGCUUCGUCCAAACCAACAGGUCCUAGUUGCGUGAUAUGUUUUAAAAUGCAAUCAAUUUAUUCAAUUGGUACGUGCGAUCAUCCAGUAUGUUACGAGUGUUCGACUACCAUGAGAGUGCUCUGUGAUCAAAAAGAGUGUCCAAUAUGCAGGCGAAUACUGACUAAGGUAAUUUUUACAAAAGAUGAGUUGGAUUUGUUUAAAAAUUUGGAUGAUCGUUCAUAUCCCCGAUAUAACAAAAAAUAUGGCAUUGCAUUUGGUGAUCUUUCUGUGGAAAAUUCAUUUGAUCAAUUAUUACGUUGCUACUGUAAAAAAUGUUAUGAUCAUCCAGAGUUCAUGUCAUUCGAACAAUUAGCUGCACACAUGGAACGAAAUCAUCGUCUUUAUGCUUGUCGCCUCUGUGUGAAUAAUUUAAAGAUAUUUCCAAGUCAAAGACGUUGGUAUAACUCCGAUGAGUUAACUAGGCAUGAAGAAUGUGGAGACCCUGAUAAUACAUCUCACCGAGGCCAUCCUGAAUGUCAAUUUUGUAAUGUUCGCUACUUAGACAAAGACGAACUUUAUAAACAUCUAAGGAAGGAACAUUUUUAUUGUCAUUUCUGUGAUGCCGAUGGUAUUCAAGACUAUUAUAUGUCAUAUGACUGGUUGAGAAAGCAUUAUUACGACAAUCACUACCUUUGCGAAGAAGGAAAUUGUGUAAACGAACAAUUUACGUCAGUUUUUCGUACGUCGAUUGACUUACAAGCUCAUAAAGCACAAACACACAGCAGGGACUUGGGAAAACAAGGAUACAAAGAAGCACGUACUUUAAAACUUGAGUUUAACUUAAGACCGAGACACAAUCCAACAGUUGAACCUGGUAGACCUAACCAAUACCAACCACCACGCCAACCACCCCGUCAACCUACAUCUGAUAAUUCUUAUAACAACAACAACUAUUCCAACGGCCACACGUUGCCGACGACAUCAUCAGAUCGUGCCAUCAACGUACGCAACACUGCAGACUUCCCAUCUCUGAACGGUCAGCACACAACGGUGUUGCCAUGUGCACGCACUAGGAAACAAAACCAAUCGGUCAACACGCAAGACUUGCAUUCAUUCCCUGCCCUGGGACAGGAUCCGCAACCGCCAGUGGCAUCCAAGGCCCAGAAACCGGCAAUGAACAGUAUCCGAAUGGCCGCGGUGUUGAAGAAACCAGCAGAACCUCCUAAACCGGACCGAAACAAAGACACUAAGGUGCCUUCAGGCCCACGAUUACCCAACCAAGCCAGGGACUUUCCGUCGCUGGACGGCAAUCAUAACCACCAGCUACAGCAGCAACAAAAUUUGCAACAUCCCAGGCUGACCGCCAAUAAAGAGAUUAUGGCGGCCAGCAGUUCGGGUGGCGGAAGUUGGGUGUCUAAAGCCAAGACGGGCAACGAGAACGACAAGAAAAAAGUGAAAAAAGAACCGGCAGCCAUCAAGAAGAAAAUAGCUGAGGCGCCAAAGGUACCAGGCCCAUCGGAUUUUCCAAAUUUAAACAAAAAAUAUGAACCGUCCAAGAGCAACCUCGCCAAGUUAGGUGGCAACAAAAAGAAAACAGAGAACAACUCGAAGAAAACCCCACCUGCGGAAAAUAAUGUCAAUGGAAGCGGUGUCGUUCAAAAUGGGAAGAAAAACACUCCGACCGUGGACAGCAACAGUAGUAAUAAGGAAAAUGUAAACAAAUCCAAUACCAAAAUCGUUGACGCUGUGCAGAUGUGCAACGGUGGUGCGGCCGGUGACGUGUCGUGCAAGACUGCGACCGCAACAACUUCGAAUAAUAAUAAGGUGGCUGCUGGCAAGACUGAAGUGAUAAAGUCCGUCGUAACAGCCCCGGCCGAACAGCCUAAGAGAGAGCCGUCUAAAAAGAAAGAGGCUGCUGCUGUUGGCCGAACAUCGGCACAACCUGAUGAAGAAUCCGUUUCUGACACCAAUAACCCAAAAGACAAAAAAAAGAGGAAAAAGAACGAAAACCGAGGAGAACAACAACCUACAUCCCAGGCCGUGCACCAACAGCAAGAAAAUCAGCAUCAACAACAACUACAAAACAAUCACAUCAAAACAUCGACACCGAAAAUACCGCCAGGAUUCGAGAACGCGUAUCACCAACAGCAGCAACAGGUCAGAGCACCCCCCGGGCUAUCCGGUAAUCGCGGACCAUCUCCUGCAGCACAGAACCAUCACAGGAUCAAAGCUCCUCCCGGUCUGUCGUUAACCGACAGCGGUGGUGGUGGUAAAUCGUUCGAGUACUUACAUCCGACCGACUCAUCAGUCCGAAAUAAAGUGCUCAUCAAUAACCUAAUGGCUGCGCUCAUACCUGCUCGCGACGAACGUUUCGACACGUUUGAGAAGUUUAAAGAAAUGUCCACGUUAUUUCGCAAACACGUCAUUACUGCGUUUGAUUUUUACUCGUACUGUGUCGAAGCACUUGCCCCACACAGCUUCGAGUCCGUCUUCCAAGAACUUGUGUUACUAUUGCCUGACAUCCAAAAGCAGCGGGAAUUGCUGUAUAUUUACAACCGAAAUAGUAGACACGAGAUGAACGUAGAGGUGUGCAAAUACUGUCGUCAAGUGUUGAGGACCAGUGACUUGGAAUCCCAUAUGUCCGUUCAUGAUACGACUGCGCGUAGUUGAAAUGAAACUGAUUCGCUUGUGUCUGUAUAGCACAAUCGAAUCGUCAACGUCGAUCGUGCCUCCCCAAUGUAAUUAUUAAAUUAUCAUCAUUAUAUUCUAAUUUUAAUGUAAACUUUUUAAAUUGCGCUUGCAAUUAUAAUAAUACUACCUAUAUGUAUAAUUUUCUUUUUUUGUUCUUUUUUGUAAUUAUUUUUAUUUAAUUACUUAUGUAAUUAAUUUUAAUUUCUAAAGAGAGCUAAGUUUAGUGUUUAACACUUUUGAAAACAUUAUCAACAAUAAUAUGUUUCCAAAGCUCAAUGUGCUUGUUAAGUUUAUAUUCGUAUAUAUAUUAUUUACCUAUUAUUAUUAUAGUUAUUUGUCGGCUGUUCAAAUAUUUACAAUAAGAAAAUAAUAUUUAAAAAAAUUAAUAUUGCCGUUUAAAAAUUGACGAUUAAAGUAAAAUUUAUUAUCAUACUGCGAUGUAUCAUAUAUCUAAUAUUUUAUGUAUGAUACAACUACACAAUUGUAUAAUAACAGUAAUAAUAAUACUAAUAAAUAUAUUGUGUAUUUGUAUAUAUGGGCAGGUCGUGGUGUUUAGCUCGGUAGCUCGAGUGAUAUUAUACUUGUAUCAUGUACCUAUGUCGUAUGUGUAUUUUGUAUCAUUUAGAAACUAAUCGUUUUUAAUACAGUAUAAUACACACUACAAAUUAUUAUAUUAUUAUAUGUACAUCCGACUACUUUCUAUGGGUACAGAUAUUAUGUAAUGUAUAUUAUUUUUAAUUUUAAUGUAAGGGAAACACAUUGCAUAUUAAUAUAUUAUGUACCUAUGUUUUCAGUCGAUCAGACAAUAACAUUAUACUAGACUGUAAUAAAGAAAAAUAAAUGUGUAUUUGUAAAAGAA